AGUAUGGGGCUGGUCCCAGAGCUCUUGUCCGUGUCGGUGCAAAAGAGGCUCAGAGGCGUGGCUGAGAUCGCUUUCUGUCCGCCACAAGGCGGGGCCAGAGGAGGCCAAGAGGCCGUGUGUGUGUUCCCUUGACUUCCACCCUUCGAUGGCGGGCAGAGAAAUGGCAGUCUCCACCGCCCAUCUGGCGGCCGCAGGAUAGAAUGAAGUACGGUCUUGGAGCAGAGCCAUCAGCCACCUCUUCUAUUGCAUUUUACAAGCUACAAAGGAACAGAUUGUUUUAAUCAUGACUCUUCUUGCUGUCGCUCUCUGGUAUUGCAGGCAACUGUGUACAUAUGUAGCUCAUCUGUUGAAAUGGUGCAGCCGAUACCUGCAGAGAAAAUUCACAAAGAGCCAUAGUAUUUUGGCUGAAGUUGAUCUGCUUGGUUACUGUGCAAAAGAGUGGAAAGGAGAAACGGAGCAAGCCAUACAAAUGAGAGAGGCUUAUGAAGAGCUAUUUUGGAAACACCAUGUGAAAUAUGUACGACAAGUCAGGAAAGAUAAUUAUUCUGUGCUGAGAGCAGUGUUGUUCCAAAUAUUCAGCCAAGGUAUUCCUCCUCCCUCAUGGACAAAGGCAACAGAUGUCCUAAAGCUCCCUGAGAAACUUCUUUAUUCACAAGGUUGUAACUGGAUCCAGCAAUAUAGUUUUGGACCAGAAGAGUAUUCAGGCUCAAAUACUUUAGGGAAAUUACGUAAAUGUAUUGAAACAUUAAAAAAUCAGUGGAUGGAAAUCAGUUGUAUUAAAGACCAUUAUGAAAGAGGGAAGCUGUGCAGUGCCCUUUUUGCUGAUGAAAAUAUGGAGCACAAGCUGUAUGAAGCUGUAAAAUUCAUCAUGCUCUACCAAGUAAUAGAAGCCUAUGAAUGCCUGAACAACAAGCAAGAGGGCAUCCCAAGGUUUUUUAACCUCCUUUUUGUGUGUGAUACCUCUUUGGACCCUUUGAGUUACAUGAUGAAUCAUCUCAAUUCCAUAGGAGACAGAAGAGGACUUGAUCAGGUUGAAAUGUUUCUCCUUGGAUAUUCUCUUGAAGUAAAGAUAAUGGUUUAUAGGCUCUGUAAAUUUAAUUCAAAACAUUUCCAAGAAACCUAUAUGGAAGAAUACCAGAGAGACUGGCAUGAAGUCUGUCUUCUGACUGAAGAUGACCAUCACUAUCACAUUCCUGUCUUCAGAAUAUAAAACUAUUUUCUGAUUAUGCUGUCAGAAGUGCCUUAGUUCAGGUCCUCUACCAAAUAACUAUGUGUGAUACAAACAGUGCAGUAUAAGUGACUAGAGUGCUGGGCUAAACACUUGGGAAACCCAGGUUCAAGUCUUUGCUCACCUAUGAAGCCAGGCCUCGGUCUCUGACUUUAACCUACUUUCAAGAAAUGUUGUGAUGGUGAAAUGAAUUAAUCUUCAUGUACGCCACUUGUAAGCCUCGGGAGGCUUGUCUCGAACCUACCAUUUCCUGUUUCUGCCAAAGGGUUGAAAUACAACUUUUUAAGGUGGCUUUUAAUUUGUAUUAAUUUAUUCAUUCUGUGCCAUUUUAGUAGAUGUUGCUUGCUGACUUCUUUUAUCUGUUCUAGAUUUAGUUUUUAAUCUUUGAUUUGUUUUAUAUUGUCAUAAGCUGCCUUCGUGUUUUUUGAAAAGGCCGGAUAUAAAUAUUUUAAAUAAAUAAGCUCUCAACCAGCAAUCUGCUUAAGGAUAAGCAUGUUCAGGAAUAGAGCAAGCUGCAUCUUAGUGUUGAUUAAUGCAAGGAAGCUUCUACAUGCUUCCUCAUGCUAGUUCUCAUUCAGCAGAUCUACACAACAGAUUUAUAAACUGAUAAGUAGUCAUUCACUUUCCCCAAGAAACUAGUUCUCUGUCUGAAAGACAUGAGCUAGAGAUCUCUUAACAGAUUUCUCAAAACUGUCACCAAAUGACUAUUUGCAGAAUUUGUUGGGGACAACAACGACCGUUAAACUGCAAUAUAACUGUUUUAAAUUGGUAAUGUAGAUAUGCCUUUUGAGACUGCAAAGGUCUAGAGGUGCCUCAGUAUAUUCUCCAUUGUGGCACACCUUGCCUAUUCUCUGCUGAGCAAGCAGGGGCUAAGAUGCCCUGUAAAAAGAACUUUGCCUACUACAGCCAUUUGUAUAUGGUCAAAGUUGUCCUGUAUACAGUAUCUGGUCCUUAAAAGGAUCUUUAAAAUCAUGUUUUUGAUUUAACAAAGAGAGGGCCAUUUCAUACAUCACUCUGGAAACCCUGGGUUUAUCCUUGAGUAUACACUCAAUAGGAAUCCGCAGCUAGUCCUGGUUCCCUGUGAUUCUACCUGUCUGACAAAUGUCUCUGCAAACAUUUGCUUGUCACAUUCACCUCGUGACUGUGGGCAGCAUCUAGACUAGUCAUGACUCACUUGUCCUAUUAAUUUCAGUGAUACUGCUCCGUGCAUAAUUUUAUAGACCUCUAUAAUGUCGCCCUCAGUCAUCUUUUUUUCUAAACUAAAAAGCCCUAGGUGUAGCCUUUCCUCGUAAGGAAGGUGCUCUAGGCCCCUGUUCAUCUUGGUUGCCUUCUUCUGCACCUUUUCCAGUUCUAUAAUGUUCUUUUUGAGGAAUGGUGACCAGAACUCUAAAUUACUAAACACAGUUAGUACUCUAAAUGUGGCUGCACCAUAGAUUUGAAUAAGGGCAUUAUGAUAUUAGCCGUUUUAUUUUCAAUUCCCUUCCUAAUUAUUCCAAGCAUGGAGUUGGCCUUUUUCACAUCGUGCCAACACUUUCAACGAACUGUCCACCACAACCCCAAGAUCCCUCUCCUGGUCAGACACUGACACUGACAGAUUGCUGGGUUGCAAUCCCAUGAAGAACUGGGAAGAGGCCUUUAUAUUGCUCUCCCCAAACACACAUUUCCAUCAACUUCCCCUGUCCACAGCUACCCUGGAAUGUCCUCUGAUCAAGGAGGUCGUCAUUGCAAGCACUGCCAUUUUUCUGCAGUACUUAUUAGUUCUCAUUCUAUCCUACAUAGCAAGCUAUACAAUUGAGAACAUUGCAGUUGGUCAUAAUCAGGACUGUGUUUAUGCCAGGAAAAGUUUUUCUACAACCUGUAUAAUUGAUUCAAAUUAAGCAGAUUUGCGUAUUUCUGCCGUUAGUAAUGUUUUGCAUUAUUUCUCCUGGUUCUGCGUGUCAUUGCGAAGGCCAAGGAGUUAUACAGGGCACUGAAACUCUGCCACCAAUCACAGCAAAAUGCAUUAAACUGCCACUCUGUCUUCUGAGAUUUCAUCAGGCAUUAUCUGCACACUUUCAAGCAUAUCUUUGCAGUCACAAGCACUAGAAGCUUGCUAUUUUUGAAAAUGAAAGCUGAGUUUCUUACAAAAUGUAAUUUUGCAAAGACACAUUCUACACACUCUGCACUCACAUAGUUCCUUUUGGAAAGAAUUAUUGUGACUAUUUUAAAGUAAUGUACAGCAUACUAAAACCAAUUUUGUAACUAUUGCAUUUUUUAAAAUGUUGAUUCUUUGCCUUUAUAUAAUUAGCAGAUUCUAUGCGGUUUCAUUUCUGGAGUUAAUAUGUGAACUGUUGUAAAUUGCUCAAGACUUUUACAUCAAUGUUGCUUAAUCUUCCUACAUGGAUCAUAUUGAGCACCAUGUGCUUUUGAGAGCAAAGGCUGGACUCAUUUGUGUUGUAUAAUGUUUGCUUUUAAGUUCCUGUGUAUGUGCAUAUGCAUAGAAAACCAUAACACCAAAAUUGAAUUGUCAAGAAACUGUAAUCGUGUUCUGGGAGUUGUACUGAUUUUUGUGUAAUUUACAGAUUUGAUAAGUUUGCUUUUUCAAAAUGUUUACCACCCUC